AUGGAUAUCCUUCGCAAGCAAUACAUGGAGUUGAAGAAGGCCGAUGAAGCCCGCAAUAAUCUUAUCGAGACUUUGUUCAGAAAAAUUGACAAUAUGCAAAAGACAAUGGACAGAAACGCGUUCAUCAUGGUCCUGAUAGACGGCGACAACAUGUAUUUUUUAAAUGAGCUGGUUCGAAAAGGUAUGGCCGGCGGCGACGAAGCUGCCAAACUACUUAGACGGGCUGUUUUCGAAUAUCUGCGCUACGACAACGAUAUUAAGCACGAUGAUAAGAUCGUAAUUCGCGUGUACGCAAACUUGAGAGGCUUAAGCAAGCUUUAUUCCGACAUGUCUAUUCUGCACACCAUAACUGCAUUCAGUCAGUUUGUCCUCGGAUUCAACAAGGCACAUCCACUGUGUGACUUCAUUGACGCUGGGAAUCAUAAAGAAGCCGCCGAUUCCAAAUUGAAGGAGAAUCUCAGUCUCAACAUUUAUAAUGUUCACUGCAAACGUGUCCUCUUCGGCGGGUCGAGCGAUAACGCCUACGCAUCCUUCCUGGGCUCGUUCUUGAUCGACACAGAUGUCUCGUCACGAAUCACGCUGAUCCAAGGGCUACCUUUCUCGCCCGAAUUCGGAAACAUUCGAACAAAAUUGAAAUGUACUGAAUUUCCCGAUGUGUUCAGGAAUGCACCUCUGUCCAGUGAACGCCGACUUCCACGCGAACUAGAGCAAUGGAGAACCUCGGCUGAAAGGACCAAUGGAGAUCUAUACGCUACUGACCUAUCUACCAACGAAAACGUUAUACCGGUUUUCGAGUACCCCUACCGCGAUGAAGAUGGCAUCGACGUGUCAGAUACCCUAUCGCGGAAUCCAUCGGUCUCCUUCACCCCAUCCUCCAGUCAGAUUGCGCUACCGGGAGAAAGGGUAGCUCACACGGCAGAUGAUAUAGAAGCCGCGUUAAUCAAAUGCACCAACGAACGCCUCCGAGAAUCACCCAGAGCGCUUGACUUUGGCGUUGUCAAGAAAAGAGUGGAACAAGCCCUCGGGUUGCCAUCUGAUUUGUGGGCAAGUGAUGAGUGGUUUCUCAAAAGCAAGAGCAUUAUCAAGCGGGCCGUGGAAAACUGGGUAGAGCGAACAGGUAACCCGCCGCCACUGAAUGCUACUUGGAUGUUGGCACGUCCGCCUCCUAGACAAGGGCUACUGCCGUCCAACAUAGAAGGUUUGUCAUCGAACACUGUGGCGUACGCCGACCAGCCACCAAUCCCCCAGCUGGGCGCCGUCUAUCAGAACGCCGAAGGUCGCCGCAUCGACGUCCCCGUCCAAUUGGAAGCAGACCCAGCUCUCUUGAGCAAGCUCCGAGAACGACAGCCGCGUCUCUGCAACGCUCACUAUCUCCUCGCUAGCGGCUGCACAAACGAAACAUGCUCCUACGACCACACUGCGACCUUGACCGACGACGAAACGAGGGCUCUCCUGUACCUCUCCCGCUGCCAGUUGUGCCCGCAGGGAUCGUGGUGCACGUCCAAAACCUGCGUCAAGGGCCAUAUCUGCCCGAACGGGAGGAAAUGCAAACAUGGCAGCAAUUGCCGUUUCGCGCCCGUUCACUACAUUGACACCACAAUUACGAAUACAUUGGCGAUGUAA